AUGCAAAAUGAGCUUCGAUAUUUGGAGCGGCUCCUGGCAGCCCUGCCAGCCAGUGAGCUGAGGAAAGAGGUUGCACACCUCCGGCGUACCUUUGAUUCCCUGGGCUCCAGUCGUGCUCUUGACACGGAGGCUGAACAUGGGGAACAGCGGGAUGCCGCGCUGGCGCUGCAAGAUACAGACGCCUCCUCCAAAUCUUUGCAGCACCUUGCAAGCUUUCUAUACCCGCAAAAAGAGCCUCGCAAAGCAGAGGAUGAGGUUCGAGUUCUUUCUGCAGAAGGCUCCCUAUCCUCAGAGCUUUGCCAGCACCCCGUUCUGACCUGCGUGGAAUCCGAUCGGACCAUUGUCAUGGGUAGCUUUGGCCAACUGGUCUCCUGGUCCGAAGAGGAUGAUGCCGCUGAACAAGCGCGAGAUCGAAUGGCCCUCCUGGAGCUUUCACAAGCCGGAGUCAAUUUGCUGGAGUUCACUCACUUCAUCACUGAGAAGCUGGAGCAGGAUCAGGAGACCUUGGAUCUGGUGGAAGAAAAGGUGGCCCAUGCCAGGGACGCGACGCAGGAAGCAGUGGUGACCCUUGCGGGCACAGCUGUCGACGAAGACCGGGAGAGGCGGAUGCUGCUAUGGCCUUCAGCCGGCUUGGUGAUGCUGGGUGGCUUGGUCUUCUGUACUUGCCCUGGUGCAGCACCAGCAUUGCUUUGUGCUGCUGGACGAGGUGCCUUGGUGGUGGGAGCCACGGUUGGUUCAAUGAGAACUUUGAGCAAGUUUCAGAAGCAGAUCAUCACUCAGAUUCAGGAGCAACUACCUCGCGUCUUCCAAAAGCUUCCGGCGGACCAGGCCAGCAUGAUCCGGGUAGCCUGUGAAGAUGCCAAUGACAGGCUGCAGAGCAGGUUGAAUGAUGGUGCUUGGAAGGAGGAGUCUCUUUUUUCCAAAGUGAAGAACUUUGAUUUCCAAGCUCCGGCCAGGGAGGUCGGUCAGGGGCUUGAAGUGAGAUGGAGCCCUUCGCAGGCGCGAAAAGGAGGCCAUGCAUAUUUGGUCACCUUCACUGUGGAUCUCGCUGCAAGCCGUGCUUUCAGAGUGAUUCAACGGAUGAUGCUGACUGGAUCUCUAGAUCCUGGAUGCAAGGUGAUGUGGUCACGACCUGUGGACACGACGUCCAGACACAACACCCACUACAUACGAUACCUCGCCUUCGCAGAAUGGUUCUUUAGCCAUGAUUUUUGCACGGCCUGUCACUGUGGGCCGGUGGCCAGCCAAACCCAAGAAGAAUGCUAUACUCUGGCAACCAGAUCUAUGAGUCAGCAACUGCUAGAGCUCGAAGGGAUGCCCAAACCCACCGGAGAGGUCGGCGCGGUCAUCGAGGUGCCGAUUCCGGUCGCCCGAGUCGACGGACGCAGCUCGACGGAGUCGACGGAGCUGCGUUUCGAUGCCCCUCCCCAGGUCAUGGGCGUCCGGCUCACCGGUGGCGAUGCGCAAACGAAGGUGGAAGUCAUGGCGGAUGUGGAUCCUGAUCAACGCAUGUUCGUGGAGGAGGCAAAGGAUCUCAAGGAGUACGACGAGGAAGAGCAGGCCAUACAUUUCCACUCCUCGGCCAAACUCUUCUUGGAAGAGCAGCUCAACGUUCCAGGACCCAGCGGGGCUCGGGCUCCGAGAACGAGCGAUCCAGAAGUCGGUCGUAUCGAAGCAGAUCAGCGGACCGGUACGGAGCGUGUUGGGUUGGAGCCGACAGCUAUUCUCCAAGGUCACAAGCGCAGGACCCGGGAGAAAAUGGAGGGCAGGGCGGCAGACAUGCGACAGGCGAAAACGGGGGACGAGAAGGAUUCCAAGCGAGUCCCCGUGAGCCAAGACAUGCCAAGACUGGAGCAACUUCGAUCUGACCAGGGUGAAGAUAAGGAAGAAGAUCCCAACAUUUCGUCGCUGUUGCAGAUCAGCAGUCUUCCAGAUCUCAGCGUCAAAGGCAAAGGUGCUUGCAAGUACCUUGCCGACCUUUUCAAUCCAACCGUGAAGACCCUUCCGGACUAUAACAAAGAGCUGGGGGGCGAUGCUGUGCAGAAAGCCUGGGAAGCAUCCGGAAAGGCUGGAAUCGUUUAUAUGCAGCUACAGAACGCAGCUCUGGCAGAAAGCGCCGCUCGGACCAUGCACGGGCUCCAUUUUCUCGAGAGCACCUUGAAGGUCCAGGCUGUGCCCAAGGCUGAGGCAGAUGCUGUCUUGCACGCGGCACCGUGA